AUGAAAACAACGGAAACGGUGCAUAUUGAUAAACUUCCUUUCCUGAAAAUGAUUUUGCAUGCUGCGAAACAUCCAGAAAGUCCUGUCAGCGGCCUUCUUUUAAGUGACUGCAACCACGACUCUGAAAUAACAAUCACUGACUACAUCCCUCUGUUUCAUACCGUUCUAAAUUUGGCACCCAUGCUGGAAACAGCCUUGUAUCAUGUAGACUUAUACUGUGCACUUAAAGGUCUUCGUAUAUGUGGCUAUUUUCAAGCGAACGAACAUAUCAAUUGCAACACGCCAACAAGUACUGCGAUGAAAAUAGGCGAGAAAAUAGCAGAAAAAUGUGGCAAUAUAUGUUUACUAACUUUCAGGAACGAUGCAUUACAUCGACUGGAUGGCAACUAUUUUUCAUCAUACUGUAAGUGUGAUUGGAAGUGGACCGAAAUAAAGUAUACAUUCAAUCCAACUGUCGACAGGAAGCUGGAAGAAAUCCUCAACUUGAAAGUACAUCGGAAAAUUGUUGAUUUCGACGAUCAUCUUAACGACGUGAACUGUGAUUUUCUUAAUUUAGAAUUGUCAAACAUACUGUGUUCAUAA